GGCGCGCACGCGUCCUGUGUUCCGCAACAUCCUCGUUUUCGACACAGCCCGAUGGAGGAUAUCCACAAUAAGGUUUUUUUGAUCACCGGCGCGGCUUCGGGCAUAGGCGCGGGUGUUGUUCGAGCGGUGUUAGAAAAGGGCGCGAAGCAUGUCGCCAUCUUAGACAUAGGAGUGGAGCAGGGCAAGGCUUUGGAGGCUGAGCUGAACGCCAAGUACGGCCCCAAGAAGGCCAAGUUUAUAAAAUGUGACGUCACCACCUCGGACCUGGAGGCGGCUUACGAGGAGACGAUCGAGGAGCAAGGAUACAUCGACGUGGUUGUCAACAACGCUGGCAUCAUGAACGACGAACACAGCGUUUAUAAGAAGCAAAUCGCUAUUAAUGUGACAGCACUAAUUACGAGCUCAGUGAUCGCCAACGACCUGAUGCGGAGGACCAACGGCGGUCGGGGAGGCACCAUCAUCAACAUCGCGUCGAUAGUCGGCCUCAUGCAGACACCCUUUCUCCCCAUAUACAGCGCCACCAAGAGCGCCGUGCUGCACUUCAGCAAUUGUCUUGGUCAUGAAGUGAACUACGCGCGAACCGGUGUCCGAGUGAUAGCGGUGUGCUACGGACAGACAGACACAAAUCUGCUCUCCCUCAACUACCUCGACGUGCUGGACCAGGACCUGCUGCCUGGUCUCCAGGAGGCCAUGAAGCAGCUGCCGUGCCAAUCGAUCGAAUCGGCAGUCAAAGGGUGCGUGGAGGCCAUAGAGAGAGGCGCCAGCGGGAGCACCUGGCUGGUGGACGCCGACCUCCCGGCCAGGGACAUCUCCAGCGUCCUGGCAGACACCUGCAGGAUGCGCUACCAGGACAUCGUCAUGAACGUCAUGCAGCAGCAGCAGCAGAAGCAGCAGCAGCAAUACCUGCUCGCCGCCAGCAGGCUCGUGUCCGUGCGGCCGAAGCACACCAUCAUCACGCGCACACCGGUCUUCGCGAAGUGCUCCUCCUCCUGGGAUAUCAUGUUAACACAUAGCCCGAUGGAGGAUAUCCACAAUAAGGUUUUUUUGAUCACCGGCGCAGCUUCUGGCAUAGGCGCGGGUGUUGUUCGAGCGGUGUUAGAAAAGGGCGCGAAGCAUGUCGCCAUCCUAGACAUAGGAGUGGAGCAGGGCAAGGCUUUGGAGGCUGAGCUGAACGCCAAGUACGGCCCCAAGAAGGCCAAGUUUAUAAAAUGUGACGUCACCACAUCAGAGCUGGAGGCGGCUUACGAGGAGACCAUUAAGGAGCAAGGAUACAUCGACGUGGUUGUCAACAACGCUGGCAUCAUGAACGACGAACACAGCAUUUAUAAGAAGCAAAUCGCUAUUAACGUGACAGCUCUAAUCACGAGCUCAGUGAUCGCGAACGACCUGAUGCGGAGGACCAACGGCGGUCGGGGAGGCACCAUCGUCAACAUCUCCUCCAUCGCCGGCCUCAUGCAGAUACCCUUCUUCCCCAUAUACUGCGCCACCAAGAGCGCCGUGCUGCACUUCAGCAAUUGCCUCGGGCAUGAAGUGAACUACGCUCGAACCGGUGUCCGCGUGAUAGCGAUGUGCUACGGACAGACAGACACAAAUCUGCUCUCCCUCAACUCCCUCGGCGUGCUGGACCAGGACAUGCUGCCUUCUGUCCAGGCGGCCAUGAAGCAGCAGCCGUGCCAAUCGAUCGAAUCGGCAGUCAAAGGGUGCGUGGAGGCCAUAGAGAGAGGCGCCAGCGGGAGCACCUGGCUGGUGGACGCCGACCUCCCGGCCAGGGACAUCUCCAGCGUCCUGGCAGACACCUGCAGAAUGCGCUACCAGGACAUCGUCAUGAGCGUCAUGCAGCAGCAGAAGCAGCAAUAGCGAUAGCAAUAGCUACACCGGCAGGGGGAUGACGUAUCUUGCGACAGCAAAGUGACAGAAGAUUGACAGCAGCGAGUUGCUGUUUUUUACCUGUCUUCUGUAUUGUACCAUCGUAGAAAUUGAUUCAGCUGUUGACGGAUCUGCGUCAUUUGGUCGAUUUACGUCAAUUAAAUGUUGGGUCAACAGCUGACCUCUAUCUUAUACGCGUAUUAUAAGAGGGCAGUGGUUGGGUCGGUAUCUAUCAGCUAGGUUUGACAUAAUACGACCAAAUUACGUAGGUCCACGAUCUGCCUAUGAAUCGACUUCUACAAUUUUUUUCUUCUUACAAUUUGUACCUGUUGCGUUGCUGUCGCAAACUACAAAGUACGGUAUUUAGAGG